UGCAAAGGACCGACCGGCACAUAUAUAUCUCGCAUUCACACACGGAAAUCUUCUCUCAAAUUUCUUCAUUUUAUUUCAUUUCUCUCUUCGAACAGUCCGCUUCUCUUGGAAUCUUUCACCCAUUUUUCUCCCUCUGCAGAUCACAGAUACAAAGGGUUUCGACUCUCAAAGUCUAGCAACAAACCCUAAGUAGAUACCAACGAUUCAAAUUCACGAUUGUUUUUGCCAACUCUCCUGCUAUUUUAUGGCGAUUCUUCCACCGCGAUCGUUGGCGAAUUGCACAACCAAGAUGAAUUGUAUUGUUUGCUGUUUGAACUGAUGCAAGAAUCGAUUUGAUCAUCACCAUGUUCGAAGCUCACGUUCUGCAUUUACUUCGAAGAUAUUUGGGGGAAUAUGUCCAUGGACUAUCAACAGAGGCUUUAAGAAUCAGCGUUUGGAAAGGGGAUGUUGUUCUCAAAGAUUUAAAAUUGAAGGCUGAGGCACUCAAUUCACUUAAACUUCCAGUCACUGUCAAAGCUGGUUUUGUUGGCACCAUAACGUUAAAGGUUCCCUGGAAAAGCUUAGGAAAAGAACCUGUAAUAGUUCUCAUUGAUCGUGUCUUCAUUUUAGCAUGCCCCACCCCUGAUGGCCGGACUCUUAAGGAGGAGGAUAGGGAGAAGCUUUUUGAAACCAAACUUCAGCAAAUUGAGGAGGCCUUAGAAGCCUUGGUGCACAUUAUGGCGACUAAGUUGAUAGUUGAUUCUUUGCAGUCACCUCCUGGAAAUUCAUGGCUUGGUUCUCUUAUUGCUACAAUUAUUGGAAACCUAAAAAUAUCUAUUAGCAAUGUACAUAUCAGAUAUGAGGAUUCUGUUAGUAAUGUGGGACAUCCAUUUUCUUCGGGAAUUACCUUGGCUAAGCUUGCUGCUGUUACAAUGGAUGAGCAAGGGAAUGAAAUAUUUGACACAAGUGGCGCUCUAGAUAAGUUGCGAAAGUCAUUGCAACUUGAGAGACUUGCUAUGUAUCAUGACUCAAAUAGCCUUCCUUGGGUGAUAGAUAAAAAGUGGGAGGAUCUAACUCCCAAGGAGUGGAUAGAGAUAUUUGAAGACGGCAUAAAUGAACCAAUUGCAGGCCAUGGAACAGUAUCGAAAUGGGCUCUGAACCGCAAGUAUUUGGUUUCACCAAUAAAUGGAGUCCUCAGAUAUCAUAGACUGGGAGGUCAGGAAAGGAAUAAUCCAGAGGUUCCCUUUGAGAAGGCCUCAAUUGUCCUUAGUGAUGUUAAUUUAACAAUUACAGAGGAGCAAUAUCAUGACUGCAUAAAGCUUUUUGAAGUUGUUUCCAGAUACAAGACAUAUGUUGAGAUUUCACAUUUAAGACCUGUAGUGGCUGUUUCAAAGGCUCCUUAUUUGUGGUGGCGCUAUGCUGCUCAGGCUGCUCUACAGCAGAAAAAAAUGUGCUAUCGGUUCUCGUGGGAUCGAAUUCGCCAUCUUUGCCAGCUCCGUCGACAUUACAUUCAGUUGUAUGCUAUUUCACUGCAGCAGUCAUCAAAGUUUAAUUACUCAGAAAUUAGAGAAAUCGAAAGAGACCUUGAUUCAAAAGUUAUCCUUCUGUGGAGGUUACUUGCACAUGCGAAGGUUGAAUCGGUAAAAUUGAAGGAAGCAGCUGAACAGAGGAGGCUUAAGAAUAAAAGCUGGUUCUCAUUGAAAUGGCGUGGAAACUCAGAUGACUCUGUUGAUAAUAAUGGAUCUGAGGAAUCUCCGGUAACAGAGGAAAAAUUGACUAAAGAAGAAUGGCAGGCAAUAAAUAAAUUAUUGAGUUACCAGCCGGAUGAGGAGAUGCCAUCACACUCAGGAAAAGACAUGCAAAACAUGAUCCAGUUUCUGGUAACUGUAUCUAUUGGUCAGGCUGCAGCCAGGAUUAUCAAUAUAAAUCAAAUGGAGAUUCUUUGCAGCAGAUUUGAACAACUUCAUGUAUCAACCAAGUUUAAACAUCGAAGUACUCAGUGCGAUGUGUUGUUGAAAUUCUAUGGCUUGUCUGCUCCUGAAGGGUCACUUGCCCAGAGUGUUUGCAGUGAGGAAAAGAUGAAUGCUUUGGCUGCUAGUUUUGUACACUCGCCGGUUGGAGAGAGUGUUGAUUGGAGGUUGUCGGCCACAAUUUCUCCUUGCCAUGUUACGGUUUUGAGGGAAAGCUGUGACCGCUUCUUGGAGUUUGUGAAGAGGAGUAAUGCAGUUAGCCCCACUGUUGCACUGGAAACGGCAACUGCAUUGCAGAUGAAGUUUGAGAAAGUGACUCGAAGAGCCCAAGAGCAAUUCCAAAUGGUACUGGAGGAGCAAAGCAAAUUUGCUCUCGACAUUGAUCUUGAUGCUCCGAAAGUCAGAAUUCCUCUAAGGCCAAAUGGCUCUUCCAAAUGUGAUGGCCAUUUUCUUUUAGAUUUUGGUCAUUUUACUUUAAACACCAUGGAUAGUCGGUCUACUGAUCAGAGGCAAAACUCAUAUUCCCGUUUCUACAUUUCUGGGAGAGAUAUUGCUGCCUUCUUUACAGAUUGUGGUUCUGAUAGUGAGACUUGCAGUUUACUUGUAGCAAAUUCUGAUAAUCAGUUGACUUUGUCUCCUAUGCUGGAAAAGGAGGACCACUUCUACUCUCUUAUUGAUAGGUGUGGGAUGGCUGUAAUUGUUGAUCAGAUUAAAGUAGCCAGUCCACAUUGCCCAUCAACACGUAUUUCUGUUCAAGUACCAAAUCUUGGCAUUCACUUUUCACCUGCAAGAUAUUUCAGACUAAUGGAAUUACUAAACAUCCUAUAUGGUACAAUGGAAAAUUGUGGUCAGUCUACUGUUGAUAAUUUCCAGACUGUAGUGGCCCCUUGGAAUCCCGCUGAUCUUGCAGUUCAUGCCAGAAUCUUAGUUUGGAGGGGCAUUGGAAACUCAGUUGCUACAUGGCAGCCAUGUUUCCUUGUGUUAUCCGGAUUGUAUCUUUAUGUAUUUGAAUCUGAAAUAUCCCCAGCUUACCAGCGAUACUUGAGCAUGGCUGGUAGACAGGUGUUUGAGGUCCCACAGGUAAAUGUUGGUGGUUCCCCAUUUUGCAUUGCUGUGAGUUUCAGGGGGAUGGACAUUCAGAGGGCUCUGGAAUCUUCUAGCACCUGGGUGAUUGAGUUUCAAAGGGAGGUGGAAAAGGCAACUUGGUUAAAAGAACUCACGCAAACCAUAUAUCAAGCUUCAGAGCCUCCAUCAGUGGAUGUGCUUGGUGAAGUAAGUGAUAGUGCUGGUGACUUUGAUGAUCCUCAACCAAGAAAUGUGAAAUCUGCUGAUCUUGUUAUCAGUGGGGCGCUGGUGGAAACCAAGUUGUGUAUAUAUGGAAAGACCGGGGGAAAAGUUAACGAGGAACCUGAAGAGACUUUAAUACUUGAAGUUCGUGCUGUAGGGGGAAAGGUACACAUAGUCAGUUGUGAAACAGAACUACGAGUGAAAAUGAAGCUACAUUCUUUGAGGAUUAAAGAUGAGCUUCAAGGUCAACUACGAAAAGUUCCACAAUAUUUGGCGUGCUCUGUGCUGAAGAAAGACAAUUUGUCUUCCCAGGGUACAGGUGAUCCCCAUGAAAAAGAGGUGUCUGUGAUCCUUUUGGAGGAUGAGGAUACUUUUACAGAUGCUUUGCCAGAAUUUUUGUCUCUGAGAGAUCUUGGACUUCAUUCACAAGACAUGGAUGUGGCUCAAUGUGGCAUAAUGGGAUACAUCGAUAAUCGUGGAGGAUCUGAGUUAGCAGGGGUCUUGAUUCAUGAAAAAGAUUCAAUACAAGAAACUUUUUCUGAUGAGAUAUUUUAUGAAGCACAAGGUGGUGAUGAUUCUGAUUUUGUGUCAGUUACCUUUCUGGCCAGGAGUUCUGGUUCUCAUGAUUACGAUGGUAUAGAUACGCAGAUGAGCAUUCGCAUGUCCAAACUGGAGUUCUUCUGCAACCGACCCACUCUCGUCGCUUUGAUUGGUUUUGGCUUUGAUCUGGCUGCUGCAAAUACUUCAAGGAGUGGUACAGAUGAGAUGAAAAUUUCAAAUGAUAAAUCUUGAUCAGUAAAGACAGACUGAGAAAGUGGGCAUGAAGGGUUGCUGGGUUAUGGUAAAGAUCGUGCAGUUUAUUUAAAUAUGAAUAUUGAUAGUGUGACUGUGUUCCUUAACAAGGAGGAUGGUUCUCAGCUUGCCAUGUUUGUACAAGAAAGUUUCUUGUUAGACAUAAAGGUCCAUCCAAGUUCCAUCUCGCUUGAAGGGACAUUGGGAAAUUUCAGACUGUGUGAUAUGUCACUAGGGACAAAUCAUUCUUGGGGUUGGCUUUGUGAUAUACGUAAUCAAGGAGUUGAAUCUCUGAUAAAAUUCAAAUUUAAUUCUUAUAGUGCUGGAGAUGUGGAUUAUGAAGGACAUGAUUAUAGCUUGUCUGGGCGACUUUCUGCUGUUCGAAUUAUUUUUCUCUAUAGGUUUAUUCAGGAGAUAACAGUAUAUUUCAUGGAACUUGCCACGCCACACACUGAAGAAGUAAUAAAACUUGUUGAUAAAGUUGGAGGCUUUGAGUGGUUGAUACAGAAAUAUGAGAUUGAUGGAGCUGCAGCCUUAAAGCUUGACCUCUCACUUGACACUCCAAUAAUUAUUAUUCCUAGGAAUUCAACAAGCACAGAUUUCAUUCAACUUGACCUUGGUCAGCUACGAGUGACAAAUGAAAUUAAUUGGCAUGGUUGCCCAGAGAAGGAUCCUACUGCUGUGCAUAUUGAUGUCCUCCAUGCUGAGAUUUUGGGAAUCAACAUGGCUGUAGGAAUCAAUGGGUCUAUUGGUAAACCAAUGAUACGUGAAGGGCAAGGACUGGACAUUUAUGUUCGACGCAGUUUGAGGGAUGUUUUCAGGAAAGUUCCAACAUUUUCUCUUGAAGUUAAGGUUGAUUACUUGCAUGGUGUGAUGUCUGAUAAAGAAUAUGGUGUUAUUGUAAAUUGUACGUACAUGAAUUUAUAUGAGGAACCAAGGCUACCUCCAAGUUUUCGUGGCAGCAAAUCCAAUUCUAAAGACACAAUGCGACAACUGGUUGACAAAGUGAACUUGAAUAGUCAAAUGAUUUUGUCACGUACGGUUACUAUAAUGGCUGUUGAAGUCAAUUAUGCUCUCCUGGAGUUACGUAAUGGUGUUCAUGAGGACUCACCUUUAGCUCAUAUUUCUCUAGAAGGUCUUUGGGUAUCAUAUCGAAUGACUUCAUUAUCCGAAACAGAUCUAUAUGUGACCAUCCCUAAAUUUUCUAUUCUUGACAUUCGCCCUAAUACAAAACCUGAAAUGCGCCUGAUGCUUGGAUCAUCCACUGAUGUGUCCAAGCAACCUUCUACAGGAAAUUUUCCAUUUUCCUCAAGUAAGGGCAGCUUUAGAAGAGUGAACUCUAGAGCUGGCCCUGAUGCGGAAGUUCCAUUUUCAACAAUGUUCUUGAUGGAUUAUAGAUGGCGGAUAUCCUCCCAGUCAAGUGUGGUUAGGGUUCAGCAACCACGAGUCCUUGUUGUACUGGAUUUCCUGCUAGCAGUUGGUGAAUAUUUUGUGCCAGCUUUGGGAACAAUAACUGGAAGGGAAGAAACAAUGGAUCCUAAGAAUGACCCAAUAAGCAGAAACAAUAGCAUAAUACUUUCUGAACCUGUUUACAGGCAGAGUGAAGAUGUGUUGCUGCUGUCCCCAAGUAGACAGUUAGUAGCAGAUGCCAUGGGAGUCGACGAAUAUACUUAUGAUGGUUGUGGAAAGGUAAUCUCUUUAAGUGAAGAAAGAGAGACAAAAGAAUAUUCGUCAAGAUUCCAACCAAUCAUAAUCAUUGGACGCUGUAAAAGGUUGCGGUUUGUCAAUGUGAAAAUUGAGAAUGGUUCCCUCUUGAGGAAGUACACAUACUUAAGUAAUGAUAGCAGCUACUCAAUCUCCUUGGAAGAUGGUGUUGAUAUUUCAUUGCUGGACAAUUCUUUUUCUGAUUCGGAGAAGAAUAUUCAUGGCAAUACGGAUGAAUCAUCAGACACGUCCAGUGUUUUUUCAUCUUCUAAAACGGGCAGAAAUAUCCUUAUUCAAGAUUUUUUUAUGUGUGUGCAGGUUGUUUCACCUGAAUUCACCUUCUACGAUAGUACAAAAUCAUCACUUGAUGAUUCCUCUUACGGUGAAAAGCUUUUGCGUGCAAAAAUGGACUUCAGCUUCAUGUAUGCAUCAAAAGAAAAUGAUAUGUGGAUACGAGCCCUUCUAAAGGAUCUCCUUGUCGAGUCUGGUUCUGGUCUUAUCAUUCUUGACCCAGUUGACAUUUCGGGAGGAUAUACUUCUGUUAAAGAGAAAACAAAUUUAUCAUUGAUAUCAACUGAUAUACGUAUUCAUCUUUCCUUGAGCUGUAUCUCCCUUCUAUUCAAUCUACAGCGCCAAGUAUGUGCAGCAUUACAGUUUGGAAAUACAAUUCCACUAGUUCCUUGUACCAACUAUGACCGGAUAUGGGUGUCCCCAAAAGAAAAUGGGCCUCAUAACAACCUUACCAUCUGGAGGCCUCAAGCUCCUUCAAAUUAUGUUAUAUUGGGAGAUUGUGUGACAUCAAGUGGUGGUCAAAAACAAAGGGUUGCCAUUGUCCAUGCUCUGGUUGAAGCCUGUAAAGUGUUGUUACUAGACGAGCUCACUAACUUUUUGGAUGAAAGUGAUCAGGAAAAAAAUACGAUCAUAAGGUGCAUGAUAACACUUAAGAAUUAUCCUGAGACGAGCAAUACAAGACGCAAGUUUGUAAUGAUAGAGCGGAAAACAUUUGAUCUGGUGAGUGAGGGGAAAGAUCUGAAGGGUUUGCAAAUAAGCAAGAAUCGAAGAGGAUUCAGGGUCUCAAUUUCAAUGGAGAAGGAGGAGGUCGAGUGGUUGUUGGAGGCGUUAGAAGACUUUUAUUGGCGGAAUGGGGAAGAUUUCUGGGGGAGGAACAAGGUUGGGAAUGGAUACCGAUUCAGGAUUGCGUUGGGUUGGAAUAGAAGAGGGAGGCCAAAAGCUGGUGGAUGGUGGCAAAUCAUGAGAUCAGUCGUCGAACUUGCUGAGAGGGAGAUCCUCAACCCGGACGGUAAAGGAAAGAAUAUGGGGGAGAAGGACUGCAGGGAGGUGCCAGUAGAGAGACAAAAUACACAGUUGGAAGCCCUUUAGCCACUAGUGGAACCCUUUGAUGGAAUAUUCAAGUUUGAAACAUUUGAGACAAAUGCGCAUGCGAUAUCAAAGGUUGGAAAGAGAGUGCGUAUUGCUGCAACUAAUAUUCUCAACAUUAAUAUUACCGCUGCAAAUCUUGAAACUCUUGGAGAGACCAUUCUUUCAUGGAGAAGGCAAUUAGAACUUGAACAAAAAGCAAGUAAAAUAGAAGAGGAGGCUGGUAGUCAAUGCAAACAUGAAGAUGAUCAAAUGCUUUCUGCACUUGAUGAGGAUGAUUUUCAGACAAUAAUAGUGGAAAAUAAGCUAGGAUGUGACAUGUACUUGAAGAAGAUAGAGGAAAAUUCAGAUGUAGUUCAGUGGCUACCUCACAGCGAUUGCACUUCUGUGUGGAUUCCACCACCAAGGUUUUUAGACAGGGUAGAUGUUGCAGAUGGUUCUAGAGAAGCACGUUAUUAUGUUACCGUACAGAUUAUUGAAGCAAAGGGUUUGCCUAUAAUUGAUGAUGGUAACAGCCAUAACUUCUUCUGUACUUUGCGUCUCGUCGUUGACAGUCAGCCCAUGGAUCAACAGAAGCUUUUCCCUCAGAGUGCUAGGACAAAAUGUGUCAAGCCUCUAGUUUCAGAAACUAGUAAUACAAAUGAAGGCACUGCUAAGUGGAAUGAACUUUUUAUAUUUGAAAUUCCUCGUAAGCCCAACAAUGACGGAGAUGCAUCUGUUAAUGGAUGUUUGUGUGUUUCCACAUCUUACUUUGAGAGAAAUACAUUGGCAAACUUUCAACUGGAGGUAGAAAAUGAAGAUGCUGUUGAUAGGGACAUAGGUUUCUGGGUUGGACUUGGCCCUGAUGGUUCCUGGGAGAGUGUCCGUUCAUUACUUCCACUGUCAGUAGUCCCAAAAUCAUUAUUAAAUGACUUUUUCGCUAUGGAAGUUGUGAUGAAAGGUGGAAAAAAGCAUGCAAUUUUCAGAGGCUUGGCAACAGUCGUAAAUGACUCAGAUAUCAAAUUGGAUAUAUCCAUAUCUUCUGUUUCUUUGCCUCACGGUUCCGAACACUCUCAACAUACAAGUGGUUCUAACACUGUAGUUGAAGAGUUAUUUGAAAAUCAAUGUUUUCAGCCAAUUUCUACUGGGGGUAAUAGAUGGUCUGGCUCUUGUCGUGAUGAACCAGCAUGGUGGAGCACCAGGGACUUCUCAUAUUCGUCAAAGGACUUUUUUGAACCUCCUCUUCCUCCUGGGUGGCAAUGGGCAUCAACAUGGACAAUUGAAAAGUCCCAACUUGUGGAUGAUGAUGGUUGGGCCUAUGGGCCUGACUUCCAGACUCUGAAAUGGCCCCCAUCCUCUUCCAGAUCACAUAUGAAAUCAACCACUGAUACUGCACGCCGAAGGCAUUGGAUUCGCACAAGGCAGCUGGCUACUGCACAAGAAAUAAACUGUUUGAAGAGUGGUUACACUUCACUAAGCCCUGGAUCGUCUUCUCCGCUGCCAUGGGGAAGUACAUCCAAGGAUUCUAACCAGUAUUUAAGUCUUCGUCCUAGUGCCAACUGUCCUCAGCCUCCCUAUGAAUGGGGUUCUUGUGUUUGUGUUACAUCUAGUUUUGCAUGUGGAAAAGACCAGCCUGACACAGAUCAAAGGUCACUUAAUAGACAAAGUACUUUUAGGCAAGAAAGUAAAACGUCUAGUUUUGCUUUAAAGUUGAAUCAACUUGAGAAGAAGGAUAUGUUAUUUUAUUGUCAUCCUAAUUCUGGAAGUAAGCAACUUUGGCUUAGUGUUGGAACAGAUGCUUCAGUUCUCAAUACAGAAUUCAAUACACCUGUCUAUGAUUGGAGAAUCUCUAUUAAUUCACCUUUGAAAUUGGAAAAUCGACUUCCUUGUCAAGCCAAAUUUACAGUCUGGGAGAAGACUAAAGAAGGGAGUUUUAUUGAGCGAGAACAUGGAACAAUAUCUUCACGAAAGAGUGCACAUAUAUAUUCAGCAGAUAUCCAGAGACCUAUAUAUAUCACACUUUUUGUUCAUGAUGGCUGGGUUCUGGAAAAGGAUCCUAUUCUUGUUUUAGAUCUUUCUUCCAAUGAUCAUGUUGCAUCAUUUUGGAUGGUUCAUCAGCGAAGUAAAAGGAGAUUACGUGUGAGUAUUGAACGUGAUGUGGGAGGGACUGGUGCUGCACCAAAGACUCUAAGAUUUUUUGUUCCAUACUGGAUUACCAAUGAUUCACCUUUGCCUCUUGCAUAUCGAGUGGUGGAAAUUGAGCCUUCAGAAAGUACAGAUAUCGAUUCCCUUUUACUCUCUAGAGCUGUCAAAUCUGCAAAGACUACAAUGAGAAACCCCACAUACUCUAUGGAUCGGAAACAAUCUGCCCCAAGGAGAAAUCUUCAAGUACUUGAAGUAAUUGAGGACACAGGUUCUGCACCUAGCAUGCUUUCUCCACAAGAAUCUGCAGGGCGCAGAGGAGUUGUGUUGUUCCCCUCUCAAAAAGAUUCAUAUCUUUCCCCUCGCAUUGGCAUCGCUGUUGCUAUUCGCAAUUCUGAAAUUUUUAGUCCUGGAAUUUCACUUCUUGAGCUAGAAAAGAAGGAACGUGUUGAUGUAAAAGCAUUCAACUCUGAUGGUUCUUAUUAUAAGCUCUCAGCCGUACUGAACAUGACCUCAGAUAGAACAAAGGUUGUUCAUCUUCAGCCACACACCUUAUUUAUUAACAGGGCUGGGAUCAGCCUCUGUCUGCAGCAGUGUGAUUCUCAGUCAGUGGAGUGGAUUCAUCCUACUGAUCCUCCAAAACAUUUUGGAUGGCAAUCUUCUGCAAAAGUUGAGCUGUUGAAGUUGCAAGUGAAUGGAUAUAAGUGGAGCAUACCAUUUAGUGUUUCUAGUGAAGGCGUGAUGCGCAUUUCUUUAAGAAAAGAGGAUGAGGGUGGUCAAUUACCAUUGAGGAUACAAGUACGGAGUGGGACAAAGAACUCAAGCUAUGAAGUUAUUUUCCGUCCAAAUUCUUUUUCAAGUCCUUACAGGAUAGAAAAUCGUUCCAUGUUUUUAGCUAUUCGUUGUCGGCAAGUGGAUACUACUGAUGAUUCCUGGCAGUACCUUCUUCCAAACACAGCUGCUUCAUUUUACUGGGAAGAUCUUGGUAGACGACAUUUGUUGGAACUCCUUGUCGAUGGGACAGACCCACUGAAAUCAGAAAAAUAUAAUAUUGAUGAGAUUUUUGACCACCAGCCCAGCAUUAUUGGGGGUGGACCUGCUACAGCUCUACGUGUUACCAUCCUUAAGGAAGAGAAAAUGAAUAUUGUUAAGAUCAGUGACUGGAUGCCAGAAACCGAGACCAACGCAAUCAUGAAUGUCAAACUUUCAUCAUCUCUGUCUCACAUUCCCAGAAAUGACUCCCAGCAACAACAACCAGCAACCACCAUUGAUUCUGAAUUUCAUGUCAUUGUUGACGUUUCUGAGCUUGGAGUCUCUAUUGUUGACCAUACACCUGAGGAGAUACUGUACCUGUCAGUGCAGAAUCUUCUUCUAGCAUAUUCAACUGGCUUGGAGUCUGGGCUUAGCAGGUUCAAACUACGAAUGCGCAGAAUACAAGUAGAUAACCAGUUACCAUUAACUCCAAUGCCGGUCCUCUUCAGGCCACAGAAAAGUGGAGAAGAAACUGAAUAUAUCUUGAAAUUUUCAAUGACUCUGCAGUCAAAUGGAUCAUUAGAUCUAUGUGUAUAUCCAUAUAUUGGUUUCAAUGGACCUGAGAAUUCUGCCUUUUUAGUAAACAUUCAUGAACCUAUUAUUUGGCGUAUUCACGAGAUGAUCCAGCAGGUUAAUCUCGGUCGGCUAAAUGAUACUCAAACAACUGCUGUUUCAGUUGAUCCAAUCAUUCAAAUUGGAGUUCUUAAUAUCUCAGAAAUUCGAUUCAAAGUGUCAAUGGCUAUGUCACCUAGUCAAAGGCCUAGAGGAGUACUUGGUUUCUGGUCAUCCUUGAUGACUGCCCUGGGUAACACAGAAAAUAUGCCAAUCAGGAUAAAUCAAAGAUUUCAUGAGAAUGUGUGCAUGAGGCAAAGUAGUAUGGUUACUAGUGCUGUUGUGAAUAUCAAAAAAGAUAUUCUGGGUCAGCCUCUUCAACUACUUUCAGGAGUUGAUAUAUUGGGCAAUGCAAGCAGUGCUCUUGGACAUAUGAGUAAAGGAGUGGCGGCAUUAUCUAUGGAUAAAAAAUUCAUUCAAAGUCGACAGAGACAGGAGAACAAGGGUGUGGAGGACCUCGGUGAUGUUCUCAGAGAGGGAGGUGGAGCAUUAGCAAAAGGCCUGUUCAGAGGAGUCACAGGUAUAUUAACAAAACCUCUUGAAGGUGCAAAAAGUUCUGGUGUUGAAGGUUUUGUUCAGGGUGUUGGAAAAGGAAUUAUUGGUGCUGCUGCACAACCUGUGAGUGGAGUACUGGAUCUUUUGUCAAAAACUACAGAAGGUGCCAAUGCUGUGAGAAUGAAGAUUGCAUCUGCCAUGACUUCAGAUGAACAACUCCUCCGCAGGAGACUACCUCGCGCAAUUGGUGGAGAUAAUUUGCUUUGCCCAUAUGAUGAUUAUAAAGCACAAGGGCAGGUCAUAUUGCAGUUGGCAGAAUCUGGCUCAUUUCUUGGCCAGGUUGAUCUGUUUAAAAUACGUGGAAAAUUUGCCUUGUCAGAUGCUUAUGAAGAUCACUUUAUGCUCCCAAAAGGAAAAAUCCUUGUAGUCACUCAUCGAAGAGUUAUUUUGUUGCAACAAACCACCAACAUCAUUGCUCAAAGGAAGUUUAGCCCUGCAAGGGAUCCAUGUUCUAUAUUGUGGGAUGUGCUGUGGGAUGACCUAGCUACAAUGGAACUGACUCGUGGAAAGAAAGACCAUCCUAAAACUUCACCUUCACGUCUUACACUUUAUCUAAAGACUAGGCCAGGAGAUGCAAAGGAACAAGUUCGUACUAUAAAAUGCAGCACUGAUUCCCACCAGGCGCUUGAGGUGCACUCUUCAAUUGAGCAAGCAAUGAACACUUACGGGCAGAACCCUUCAAAGGAAAUGCUGAAGAAAAAAGUGACAAAACCAUAUUCACCAAUUGCCCAAGCUGAAGUAAUUCAAAAAGAAGGGGCUUGCAUAUGGUCUCCUCCACAGCUGCCUGCAUCGGUGCCGCUAAGUUCAACUUUUGGAAGCAGCGGUGUCAAUUGAUUUUGGAAGGUUAAUUUAGCAUCUUAUUGGGUCAUAGGCAGAUUCUGCUGAGCAAUACUGAUAUUGACUCCUACAUCUCUGUUAUUUUCAACAGGUGUAAAAAGACCCUACAAUGAACUACUCAUCAAUUGGGAAUUUGGGAUGCACAUUGACACGAGCUUCUUGGAGGAUACAUUUCAGAGGACAUGUGUUGCUAGUUUGUUGCAACAAAAAUUUUGGAAUACAAAUUGAAUUACCUUAUACCUAAAUUUGUAUAUAAGAUAAAAAUUCUGCCUCUCACCUGUGGAUUCUUUAAGUGUACAUAUACAUGUACAUAUGCACUUCAAUUGCCUUGUACUACCUCAAGAUCUGUCAACCGCACGAGUAUCAUUUGGUUCAGUGAUCAAUGUUGAUAUAUCAAUGUGUUACUGACCUGCACAGCAA